AUGACGGAUCGUGCUCGUUUGAUCUCGGCUUUUAUCACCCCGUUUGGGUUAUUUGAGUGGAAUCGAAUGCCUUUUGAAUGCGCCCAGAUCUAUCAACGUAUGAUCGACAACGCGCUAUAUGGAUUCACCCGGAUCUCGAAGUCUGAAAAUCACGGAAGUACUCUGGAUGUGUUUGAAGAUGGGGAACGGGUAGAUCCAGGCAAGCCAUCGAUGCUUGAUCGCAAAUCAUAUAUCGAGCACAUCCUGAUCCCCGCCAAUAACUGGGAUUAA